GUUAACCUAAGUAAGAAAAGUAAGGUUAUGUUGAUUUGAGUAUUGUAUUUUCGCAGAAAUAUAUAAUAAUAAUAUUGAAUUUAAGAAGAUAAUAUGGCUAAUAACAUUAGACAUUUGAAUAAAUGUAUAUUGCGGUAUCCAUCGUAUACACUGCCUAGAAUUUCAGUGGUACUACAAACCCGCGAAUACUCACGACCAACAAGUUUUCCGGACUUUUUUCAAAACCCCAUUUUUCGUAAGGAAGAUCAAGCCAAACUUAUUGAGAGUUCCGAGCUGAGCAAGAUAGCUGCCCUCCCUGUAAAACCGCCAGCUGUGUAUGAAACCAGUUCUGUAUACCAUGAUCCUUUAGUGAACAAAGUCAUUAAUCAUGUGAUGGAAAAGGGAAAUAAGCAGUUGGCUCGGAAUCUUGUUGAGAAAGCAUUUGAAAAUAUCAAGAGGUCUCAGAUUGAACGCUACCAUUUGGCUACCACACCUGAAGCUAAAGCUAAAAUAGAACUGGACCCAAAGAAAAUCCUGCACAAAGCUAUAGAGAAUUCAAAACCUCUUCUUCAACUACAGCCUAUUAAGAGAGGAGGUAUCACAUAUCAGGUUCCAGGGCCCAUCACUGAGAAAAGAUCUUUGUUCCUGGCCAUUAAGUGGUUGUUGGAAGCUACUUAUGAAAAAGAAAGGACUGUACAUUUCCCAAAACAGUUUGCAUGGGAACUCCUUGAUGCAGCAAAUAAUACUGGAAAAGUUGUUAAAAGAAAACAAGAUUUGCACAGACAGUGUGAAGCAAACAGAGCUUAUGCGCAUUACAGAUGGCAAUAAACCAUAUUG